AUAGAAAGUCGGCGCUGUCUUGAUGGAAGGAGGUCUUCCAGCACCGACCUUGGGGAGUUUUGCACAUCCAGAGAUGUGCAACAAGCCUUGUGUAUACCUGCUGUAUGGACCUUGCUCGCGUGGUGCGCUCUGUGCUCAUUGUCAUUUCGGACACGAGGGGGGCCGCCGGCUCGAAACGCGGCAGAGGAAGUUGCUGUCAAAACUGAGCUUCCCGCAGCUUCUGCAGUUUAUGCUUCACUACAUCAGACUCUCCGGCAGAGAGUCAUUCUGUUGGGCCUCUUGAACGACGCGGAAGAGGCAUUUGCUUUCAUGAAGACCUACCUCGACAACAACCCACCAGCAGCUCCGGCACGGUUCUCGCCAAGCCGGAUGGCAAAACUGGACAAGGUCUUGCGCCGAUUCCCUCUGAACAGCUUGUUCGGAACGUUAAAUCGCGAGGACGCCGACACCUCCAUACUUGAGGCUGUAGGCCGCUUUCGAUGCUCUCUGCCGACGGUCUUGGGUCGUGCGGUAUCCGGUUAA